AUGAAUAACUCAACAUUACCUAGAGAUAAUUAAAAAUGGUCAAUUUUCUAAGUAUUUUGUUGCGGAAGUAAGUCAAAUAAAAAGAAGACAGCUUCUACACUGAACUCUAAUAGUUAAAACAAUUAACAAUCCAAUAUUAAUUAAUUACCUUCUUCUUAGCCUUAGAUGUUAUUGAACUAAUAUAGCUCCUUUUAAAACUAGAAUAAUUAAACUCACCUUCAAAUGAGAGUUGCUCCUAAUAGCUUCCACUAAGAAGAUAUUGAAGAGUCUAGCUCUUACUCUUCUAAUGUCUUGCCUAAUUAGCUAGAAAAUUAAAAUUAUUAAGAAAAUCGUCAAUAUUAUCCUUAAAAUCAUGUUAUAAAUAUACAAAGUAACCGUAAUCAAAACAGAUAAGUCAGCACAAACCAAGAGUAUUAAUCAAUUUAAUAAAUAAAUAAUCAUAAUCUUCUCGUUCCUCCUAAUCGUGGAGUUUCUUAAUUUCAUAGGAGAACUCAAAGUGUUAAUGUUAAUAUGGGAAGUUAACACAUGAAUAGCAACUUAAAUAGUCAAAUAAACCUUCAAAAUCAAUAAUAGCAUUCAGAAUAAAGAUUGGAUACAUAGAAUAGUCAUGCUAGCUUGUCUUCAAACUAAACUCGCUAUUAUACCAUGUCAAAUCAAUAUUUCAAAUUGAAAACGAAAUAUGCUAUUCAUGAAGUUGAUUUCGUAGAAUACAGACCAACUGACAAGACAUUUUAAAGCUAUUUUACUUUCGAUUGUCCUAUUUGCUAUAGACACUUUAAUAAAAUAUUGAAAUCUGAUUGCUGUGAUCAUUAUCUUUGCCACUAUUGCUUAAGAGAUAUUUAUAAUAAAGCAAGAGAUUGCACUAAUUUUGAAUAUCGCUGCAUGUUCUGCUAAUUAUCCACACCUUAAUAUAUUGAUGCUAAUGAUUCUGCAGAUAAAAUUAAAAGAUAUACAGAUAGCCCAUUCAUCACUCCUAAAGAUAACAUAGUAGAAAAACCAAUAAGAGGCUUACCAACUACUUCUUAAUUUGACCACAAUAUUCAUAAUAACUUAAUUGAAUUCUAAGACGAUAGCAUGGACAAAGAAAACAUAGACUUUAAAUAAAAUGAGAUAAAUAUUAUUAAUAAUUGUAGCUAAACUCAUAACAUUAAUAAACCUCCUCUACCUCACCUAGUAUUAAAUCAAAAUCUAAUGGCUCCUUAAAUAUAAUAAGUACAUGAAGUAUAAUAAAAAAAUGAAAUUAUUUAAAGAGAAAAGAAUUCAAGUUUAAUGGAAAAUGAAAAUGUAAAUUAAAGCGCUCACAAACCUGCUGGAACCAUUCCUGAAUUCUAGAAUAAAUAUCAUUGUAACUACUUGCAAAACAGUAAUAAUUAAAGAGGAUAAGGUAUUUCACAGAUAGCAAAUCAAUAGCAAAUUCAUUCAAAUAUUAGAUCAAUAAGAUGA